GAAAAAAGCAUUAUAUCAGCUUGAAAUCCCAUCUAAUUAGGCAGAAAUGACAUAUAAAGAAGAUCCAGAGGCAUAUAAGAGCAUCGUAACAGAUGAUUCUAUCAAUAUUGAAGAGAAAGUGAAUCCAGCGGAAUUUAAUAAGGAGGGUAAUCAGACGCAUACAUAUGAAUCUAGCGUUGAAAUAAAGAAGGAAAUGGGGAAUUUGGCUGAAGAUAUUGAUGAACGGACGAUAAAGCGAAUAUACAGGAAGCUUGAUUUUCGUCUUAUUCCAUGUCUUUGGUUGCUUUAUUUUUGUGCAUUUUCAGCCAAAUCUAUUAUCAGUGUAUCACUUACUAUGAAUUUUUCACAAGGAGAUUCUCUUCAACAACUUGUUAAACUUUCCUCACGUGAAGUGAGUAUAGGUCUUUCUCUUUUUUAUCUAGGUUAUGUUGUAUUUGAGGUUCCUAGUAAUAUGAUUAUGGUAUAUAUUACACCACGAUUUUUGUUAUCACAAACAGUGAUGUAUAUUGGAAUUACAUGUAUUUUGCAUAUUUCUAUUUCAAACUCAACUGAGUUUUAUAUAUUUCGAUUUAUGUUAGGGUUUAUAGAAGCUGGAUUAUGGCCUGGAUUGGCUUAUUAUCUAACAUUAUAUUAUCCAUCAUAUAUGAUACAGAAGCGUAUUUUAUGGUAUUUUACGGCAGCACAGAUAUCAUCUAUGUUAGUCGGAUUUUUAAGCAUGGGAUUUCAAAAAAUAAAUGGAGUCGCUAAUCUUCAAGGAUAUAAAUGGUUGUUUUUAACAUAUGGAGUUUUUUCAAUAAUAGCUGGUACCAUUACUAUGCUGACAUUACCGCAACUAUUAACGGAAACACCUAUCACUAAAGAAGAGCUGCAAUCUUCAUCACCAAUUGUAAGAAUAUUUAAAAGAAUUAAAAAAACUACUGAAAAACAUUUUUUUGAACCAUACGAAAAACAAUAUCUUUUGUCUAAAUUAUCUAAAAAAGAACCAUGGUCUUUUUAUAAAUUUAUGCUUGUAUUUAUUAAUCCGAAAAUAUGGCUUUUAAUUAUUAUGUAUUUUGGAUCUAUCGGAGUUGGUAUUGCUAUUCAGAUUUAUGGAAGCACUAUCAUUCAGUCUAUUGAUAGUAAUAUAUCAGAUCUUACAAUUAGUUUAUUAUAUGGAUGUAUUUGGAUCGCCAAUCUAGCUGGUGCUAUAUUAAUAAUUAGUAUUUCUAACCAUUAUAAAUCUAGGGUUAUACCUUAUAUCUUUUGUUGCACCACUGUUAUUAUUGGUAUGCUUGUUUUAACAUUUUCGGAAAAUACAUGGACCCAGUAUGCAGGGUUGCUAAUCAGCGCGUUUGGAAUAGCUCCUAGUGUUCCUAUUUGUAUGGCAUGGUGUGCUCAUAUUUUCGCAUCACAACCAAAUAUAAAUGUAGCCACUUCAUCAGCUCUUCUUUCUAGUUUAGGUAAUUUAGGAUCCGUUUUUUCAACAUAUGCAUUGUAUAAAGGAAUGAAUGGAGAAGAUGCGUUUAAAAAAAGUAAUUUAGUUAUUUGUGUUAUGAUGUGUGUAAGUAUUUCAGCUUGUUUAAUCGAAAAAUUAUUACUUAAAUAUUAUUGAAAAAUUAUUGAAAAGUCAAAAAUAUAUUUAAUUAUUAAUUUAUAAU